GAACAGUUCAACAAGAUUUUCCCAGAAACGUUUUGAAAUUGGCGAAGUGAAGAAAAAUGAAGAAGCUGGCUAGAAAGUUUCGGAAUUCAAAAGAUGACCACUACUCUCUUCCUGUUCACGACGAAGACUCUCGUCCCUUGGAUCCUCAAGAGCAAGAAGAGUUCGUUCGUUCUUUAGAAAGGAGUCAAAUUCAGCAGAGUCGCGUAUGGAGGAGGGUGUUUGCUGCUCUAUUCUUCUGUUACAUCCUGUUUCAUUUGUACUCCAUGUUCAACCAGGCUUCAUCACCUUGGGAACUGCGGUACCAUGCUUACUUUAUGGAGGAGACCUACUCUUGGAUGAUUAUAUCUGCAGAUAUGGUGGCUGUUUUGGCAUGCUCAUUUGCCAUCAUAGGACUGCUUGAUGAGUCAAUGCAUCACAGAAGAUGGAUCCAUUACUCAUUUUUCACUGGCGUUGUUCUUGCAGUUUUCUGGUUAUAUUACAUGUUGAGGUUGCCAAAGCUCCGCUGGGAUGUUAUCUGGUUGCCAUUUGGUCCUCUUUGCGCCUCUGCACUCUGCCUCUAUGUGGAUCAUUUACUAGCGGAGUCAUCAGAAGACGUAAGAAAGCUUCGCGGGUACAUGUAUACCUACAAAGCAAGCUAGAGCUGAUGUUCUGACCCGGUGAUUGAGCAAGGAGCAUGAGAAGCAUUUUGGAGCAACAUGACUACAAAAACUGAAAAGUAUUUUCUGGAUAGAAGCAAUUAAAGAAGAUAGGAACUGUCACCAGAUCAGAGAUCAGGUGAUAUGGGUUAAGGUGGCAUGUGUAAGAAAGGGCAUUGAGCGAGUAACAAUCAAGGGUGUUUUUGGCAAAAAAACAUUAUUAAUGCGAUAGAAUUCAAGUUGGUUCUUAUAAAAAUGAUGUAGUCACACCUUGAAUUCGGUUCUUGUAAAAAGGAUAGAGGUAGUAAUAAUUUUUUAUUUUUAAACACUUUAAGAGUACCUUCACCUUGUACAAUUGGAAGUUUGAUUUUCUCGAUC